UCUGCUUUAAGAUCUUUGCUGCAGACGGAGCCAUCGAGCGGGUCUCUAUGGUCUCCCAGGCGGGCGGGCAGUGGGUGAUUCAUUGAGCGGGCGGUGUCGGCCAUGGUCCUGCGAAGGUUGCUGCUGACACUGGUCAACAACGCGCAGCUGGUGGAGAAGCUGUCGGAGACUCGGCCGAUCCGCAAGGCGGCCCAGCUCACGGCCUACGCCAUCAUCCGGCUGCAGCUGAGCGGCCAGGAGGCGGCCGAGCGUCUGGGCCGCACCAGCACCCUGGCCCAGAGGGCGAGCCGCCUCAAAAAGGCACUGAUGGACUUGCAGAAGAAACAGAAGUAAACCCGGUGUCUAGAGGCGGCAGCUGGAGCUGGAACAAGGACAUCAUGGAAGAGGCAGAGCAAGAAACUGCUGUCUAGGAAGGACAGACCCGGGAACAUGGCUGCACAGAUCUCUGUGUCCAACUUGCACUGCAACCGGCUUGUCGAAUUGAGGAUAAGGUCGAAAUCAUAUACCAGGCCAAACUAAUCACAUGAUGACUUUCCUAGAGGACAAUGUGUUGGCCUCACACUUUCUUCCUGUAAUUGUAUGAAAUGUGAUUGAAAAUGUACUCGAAUAUACUGAAGCUUGAAUAAUGACAACUUUAAAAGACUAUUGAACAGGAAAUGCAAUUGGAAGAAAUAAACAUGCUUUUUGGCCGACUGUA